GUCCUUUUGUUCUUGUUCAUCGUAUUUAUGUUUAUGUCGUCUCUCAAUCGCGUUUCUGGAGAAGACCCUGUUGAUAUUUACUGUCCCAGUGAAUUCCCACUGUACAACCUCAAUAGUUCAUUCCAUCACAACCUCAACCUUGUUCUGGGGUUGCUUUCCUCCGACACCGCUUCAAAGGCUGGUUUCUAUAACACUUUUAUAGGAGAAGAGACAAACAAAGUGUACGGACAGUCACUGUGCAGAGGGGACAUCGGCAACUACACAGUUUGCAAAGAAUGCAUUGAGAAAGCAAGCCAAGAUAUCAUCAAUAGGUGCAGGAGUGAAAAUGCAAUGAUAUGGUAUAACCUUUGCCAAGUACGCUACUCCUUUCAGAGCUUUGAUGUGGUGGCUUACACCGGAAAGUACCCCAAGCAGAAUGAUGAGGAGAAGAAUGUUUCUGAUCCUAUUCGAUUUAGGGAAUACUUGACUUUUCUAAUGAAGAAUCUCUCGAACGAGGCUGCUUUCAAUCCUGUCAAGAACAUGUUUGCGGCAGGUGAAAUUGACUAUCCUGGGAAGAAGACAAUUUAUGGGUUGGUCCAAUGUACGAGGGACAUGUCCCACGACGGCUGUAGCACUUGUUUGAGUAACGCCUUCACAGAAAUCACUGCAUGCUGCUCCUACAGAGAAGGUGGGAUUAUUCUUAGUCGUACUUGCAAUAUGAGGUUCCAAAUGUCUCAGUUCUUCAAUGCUUCUUCUGCGUAUAUGUUGGUUUACCCAACUUCCUCAGCACUUGUUGUUGGGUUGGGCAUUGCAUGCUUACGAGGAAAGAAAAAUAGAGACAGAGAUGAAGAAAUGAGUGAACGAACGCUAUUACAAGAGUUGACUACCCCUAAGCAUGUGGCAGUCACAGAAGAAGGUGAUUUGAUUAGUUCCGAAGAACUGUUGUUCAUGACUUUAGCUUCAAUCAGGGUUGCUACUGAUGACUUUUCAGAUACAAAUAAGCUGGGACAAGGAGGGUUUGGUGCAGUGUACAAGGGUGUUCUGGCAGAUGGUAAUGAAAUAGCAGUCAAAAGAUUGUCGAGGAAAUCUUGGCAAGGCAUAGAAGAAUUUAAAAAUGAAGUUGUGUUGAUUGCCAAACUUCAACACAAGAAUUUGGUGAGGCUGUUAGGUUGUGCCUUGGAGGGAGAAGAAAAGUUACUGAUAUAUGAAUUCAUGUCAAACAAAAGCCUUGAUCAACUUAUAUUUGAUCCAGAAAAACGUUCAAAGCUUGAUUGGAAGACAUACAAUGGUAUUAUCGAUGGCAUAGCGAGAGGACUGCUUUAUCUCCACGAGGAGUCUCGCCUUAAAAUCAUUCACAGAGACUUAAAACCCAACAAUGUGUUGUUAGACCACGAACUGUUGGCUAAAAUAUCAGAUUUUGGUAUGGCCAGGAUAUUUUCUGAGAAUCAGAAUGCAGCAAACACCAAAAGAGUUGUGGGAACAUAUGGAUAUAUGGCUCCAGAGUAUGCAAUGGAAGGAUUGUUCAGUGUGAAAUCCGAUGUGUUCAGCUUUGGCGUUAUCUUGCUUGAAAUCAUCAGCGGAAAAAGAAACAGUGGUUUUUACCAAACCGAACUUGCCCCGACACUGCUGGCAUAUGCAUGGCGAGUGUGGAAUGAAGGAAAAGCAUUGGACUUUGUGGAUCCAGUGGUGUUGGAAUCAUGCCUUGCAUCUGAAGUUGUAAGAUGCAUGCACAUUGGGCUUCUGUGCGUGCAGGAAAAUCCGGAACACAGGCCCACCAUGUCAGCUGUGAUGCUUCUCCUGGGAAGUGAAUCAAUGGUCCUUCCCCAACCAAAACAACCUGCUUUUUCUUUGAGUAGGGUGCUUCGUCUCGAUCCAUCUACAAAAACCAAUCCUUCAGGAAAUGAGAUUAUAUUUUCUGAUAUUUUACCACGAUGAUGGGGAAGACUUGGUCUACUUGUCAUGUUUCAUGUUCUAAUGCUUAACGAAAACAACAGUAUUCUUGACCUAUGGACAAAUGUUCCUUUCAUGGCUGUCC